UCUCCCAAGCGCUCAGUACGCGGUCGAGCAUAAUGUCAGCCAGAGGUGGCUUUGCCCGCCUCAUAUUUCUGGUGGCUGCGGCCGUCUUCGCGCUCCUCCUCCUCCUAAAUGCUCUGCAGCGGACGGAUGACCUUAAACCGAAUGUUCCUCCCGGCCGAAGAACAGAAGUGAGCCCUGCAAAGGUAACGCCGCCGCCUGUUCACCACCUGGAGGAGCCCAUGAAGGAGGAGCUGGUGCGACAACUGGAGCAAGAAUUGCCCGAGGUGGACUACGGCUUUUGGUACCACUUCGCCAAGCCCAAGGGCUACAAAGUGAACAAUACCUGCGCACCAUAUCCCGAUCCGUUGGACCUACAGCUGCACAACAUCUAUUGGCAGACAUUUGUGAACUCGAACGUGACCUUUCGCCUGUACGCCGCCUAUUUGGAUACAAGAGAGGCGUUGAAGCGUCCUACGGUGAGAAUUUUGUCCACUGCCAAUCAGAUUGGCGACGAUUUCCCACCGACGCACUGUCAACUGUGGUUCGAGGGCCGUCACGAACCCAUUUUCGUGCCCGUGGCCGAGUAUCUGAGUGUGUGGGUGAAGGCGUGGGGCAGCAAGAGGAACCUUAACUACCCGCACCUGCUGAGCUGCCCGGUUCCCGAUGAACUGCCACCGUCGGUGACACAAACGUUUCCCAGGACCGUGUCGCUGGUCUCGCAACGUUGUGAAAAGGCCAGCAACUCGUUGAGGGUCAACCAAGUAAAGCCCGACACCACCUCUCAGAAUCAGAAUGCCUCCGCGAGCAAAGAUCAGAAUCAAACCACUAGUGAAGAGGCACCUCUGAAUUUCGGAGUUUGCGUUAAGGGCUUCGACUUUCCAUAUGUGGACUUAUCGGAACGCCUGAUAGAAUGGUUUGAACUGCAAAAGAUUUUGGGUGCCUCACGGAUAUACGCCUAUAUGUACGACGCGCAUCCGGCAGUGCAGCGGGUGCUGGACUACUACCAGCGAACGGGAUACCUGGAGCUGCGACCCCUGACCUUGGCCAACGGAAUGCCCCGGUUGAGGCACUACCAGCACAUGUUGCUGCAGCAGCGGAGGCUGGAGAAGCGGUUGAAUGAACUGAUACCCUACAACGACUGCUUCUACAGGAAUUUGUAUCGGCACGAUUAUCUGGUCAAUGUGGACGUGGACGAGGUGAUAAUGCCGCUGGGCGAGAAUCGCAAUUGGCAUCAGUUGGUGCAAAAGGCCCACGCUCUGGAGGCUGAAAAGGGUGGCACAUGUGCCGGGCGAUUUCCGGCGUUGUGCUUCAUAAACUCGUACUUCACCAAAGUGCUUUCCGAGUUGAGCAACCACGAGGAGCAGGCCAUCGCCGGGGAGCUGUUUGUGCUGCAGCACACACAGAGGUUCAAGAACUACUCGCUGCCGGGAAGGGCCACCAAGUGCUUCCACAACGCGCGUCUCUCCUUGACGCUGCACAACCACUUCACUCUGAAGUGGCUGCCCGGCGGCUGCAAUCCCCGCACUCUGGAGACCUCGGUGGCCCAAAUGCAGCACUACAGGGAGCCGGAUAAGAAGUACAAUGCCACCGAUCUGGUGGAGGACCGCAGUGUCUGGAAGUUCGCCGGGGAGCUGCGUGCUGCCGUGGAAUCAGUGUGGCUCCAUUUGGACGAUGUGCUGGCCCAAAUCAGUGAUCCCGAUGAGCAGCUGGAGGAGUCACUCGACCAGGACGGCGAGGAAUUGGAGAGAGAGCAACAGCCCCUCCAGCCAAUCCUCCAGGCUCCACAACUGCCCACAAGAUGAGUUGGAAUAGGAAUAGUUAUAUAUAUAUUAUAUAGGUUAUAUAGGAUCAGAGCAGUGGCGGUGAUGUAGUCCAUUUUGUCUUUUUUAUUAGCCUUAAGUUUUAGUUUUUCCCUGCAAUGGUAAAUUUUCGACGAACCACGCAUCUUUUAGUCGAAGAACGGGGCUUAGAUUUAUCUAUAGUUUUUUUAAUUUAUUAUUUGUUUCUUCAGAAAAUGAACAUGCUUAGUAAUCUACAUAAUGAUCUGAUUGACAAAAAUAGUGUUUUACCUUGCACUGCAGGAAAUCGAUCCAUCAUACUCGACAAGUUUAGAGAGUAGUUUCUCAGCUGGUUUUGUUGCAGUGAUAACCUCGGAAUUUGCAGUGAUUGAUUGCAUCUGGUCUGCGGAAUAUCUUAUCGACGCGGGAGUGGAAUGAUAUUUGCGUCACUUUCCCCGACCCUUUCGAUAUGUUUACUUCUUCCAUCGUCGAGCAAGCGAACCUCAUUGACUCCAAACACACAAUUCUUUAUAGCGGGAAAAGUCGGCGAAGAUAGUGCGCGUCGACAGCUAAAAUUGGAUUCGGGGAAUAUCCCACAUACCGCUAAAGGUUUUUCAAUGAUAUUGCUCAAAAAAAAAAAGAUAACGUAUCAAUUUGAGGGCACAUAAGUGUUUUUAUUUUCGUAUUACUGGCUUAGUUGAAUAACUUAUAUAAGUAAACUAAAAAGAAAUAUUUUUUUUUGCUAAUUUAUAGUUUUAUCUUUUAAGAGUGUAAGGUUCCAAUAAAUAUUUAAAGCAAUCGCGAAA